AACUUCAGUGUAGACGAAUCUUACUUCUUUAUAGACUAAUAGAUAUGACUUCUACUACUAAGACUCUUGAGGCAAUCAAAUUUGAUAGAAAGGAAAUCAAGUUGGAGAUCCUUGACCAAUUACUUCUUCCAUAUUCCACAACCUACAUCCCCAUCAAAUCGAUUGAAGAUGGGUUCCAAGCCAUUAAGUUGAUGCAAGUUAGAGGUGCACCAGCAAUUGCUAUAGUUGGAGCAUUCGCUGUUGUUGUAGACACAUACAUUUAUUUACAAGCAGCAACAUCAAAUAGACCAAUCGGUGAAUUAAUCAAAUCCAUAGACUACUUGAUUACCUCGCGUCCAACAGCCGUCAAUCUUGCCAAUGCAUUGAAUGAUAUGAAAACAUUAAUUGUAGAAACUGAAUGUGAAAAUGUUAAUGAAAAAGUAUACAGGGCUUUGUUGCACUAUGCCACCGCUUUAUACGACGACGAUUUAGCCAACAACAUCAAGAUCGGAUACCAUGGUUACAAAUACAUCAGUGACACUUUGAAGCAACAAAAUUUCAAAGGUCCAUUCUCAAUAAUCACCAUUUGUAACACUGGAUCAUUGGCAACUUCUGGUCAUGGUACUGCAUUGGGUAUAAUCCGUUCAACAUAUCAAAGCUUGAGCAAAGAAAAUUCCAAUGAAGAAUUUUAUUUGCAACAUGUUUACCCUUGUGAAACUAGACCUUAUAACCAAGGUGCAAAGUUAACCACAUAUGAAUUAGAUUACGAGCAAAUUCCAUUUACGUUGAUUUGUGAUAAUAUGGUUUCCUCUUUAAUCAACUCCUUGAACAGCAAGCAAGUCAAGGACCAAUCUGCUCCAAUUAAGUUCAUAAUUGUUGGUGCUGAUAGAAUUGUCAAGAAUGGUGACACUGCCAACAAGAUUGGUACUUUCCAAUUAUCCACAAUUGCUAAAUACUUCAAUUCCAAGUUCACAAAAGAAGAGCAGAAGAUCAAAUUUAUUGUGGCAGCUCCAAAAACUACAAUUGAUUUACAAACUCAACACGGAGAUGAUAUUGUGAUUGAAGAAAGACCUUCUAAUGAAUUGACUACCCUUACAGGUCCAGUGUUGAAACAACUGGGUGAUGUUGGAGAAAAAUUAACUGUGGGAAUUGCUACACCAGGUAUCUCUGUAUGGAAUCCAGCAUUUGAUGUUACUCCUCAUGAAUUAAUUGAUUCUAUUGUUACUGAAGAUGAACAAGUCUAUACAAAAGAUGCCAAUGGAGAAUUCCAUUUGACUAAAUAGAAUUAUAAAUAUAUACUACUUCUUUUUAUUUUUCUUUUUCUUCUUCUUUGAUUGGUUUUUCUUACUAGAAGGUUUAUUAGUAGCUUCCAUCACAACACCAUUAGUUUUAGCCAGUUCCUCUUCCACUAGUUCAUUCUCCACAGCAUCCAACUCGGAAGUCUCUUCUAGGGAUGUCCUCUCAUCACCUGCUUCAUUUUCUAUGACUUUUGUGCUCUCCUCUGUGCUUUCUUUGAUGUUUUGUUGUUCUUCUAGAACUGUCUCUUCGACAACCUUCUCUUUGAUUUCUUGUUUCUCGGCUGUGUUAGGUUCAUUUGAACUUUGCUCUAUUGGUUGUCCAGAUUCCUUUGAAUUAUUAAUGUCACUCUCAACAGGAACUUCAAGUCUAGUAUCAGAUUGAUCUUUAAGCUCUUGUGUUUUUAUCUCAUCAGUAUUAACAGCAGCAUCCUCAACAUUAAUUACUUUAGCAUCAGAAACAAUUUCUUCCGGUUCAACAUCUUCAGAUACCUUUAUAACACCAAGGUUUGAUUCAUCCACCUUAGCAGGUUCUUCUGAAACGCCGUCAAUCACUUCACUUUGGUUCUUUUCUUUUGCUUCUUCUUUCGAUUCUUCGAUUGAAUCAUACUGUACAACCUUUUCAACUAUUUCAUUUUCAGGAAGUAAAUUUGUUGGUUGAUCUAAUUCCAUCGAGCUUUCGUUUUUCAAAUCCUCUGAAAUUUCUGUAUCAAGAACUUUGUUUUCCUGUUCAUCAACCUUUUCUGAUUCGAUAGGAAGAUUCUUGUCAGGGUUAAGCAAUAUAUCUUGCUCUUCAGUUGGUUCUUCUGCAGCGGAAACAACCUUUUCAAUUUCAAUCUCCUCAUUUUCGUCUUGUAUUUCAGGAAGUUCUUUUUCAGCUUCUACCUUGUCUUGAAUUUCAGGAAGUUCUUUCUCGAUUUCAACAUUGGAUUCAUCUUGAAUUUCUGGAAGUUUUUUGUCAGCUUCUGCGUCGGCAUUUUCUUGAUCUUGAACUUCAGAAACUUCUUGCUCAGCAGGAGUAUCCUUCUCAGAAGUAUUUUUUUCACCAGCUUGCUUUUCCAAUUCAUCCUGUUUUUCCUCUUCAACCUGUUUAGAAGCAUCUUCUGGAGAAGUCUCUUGAACAUCUAU